AUGGCACGGGCUAGGGAAGAAGCAGGGGAUGGCCAGCUGGUAUCUGGUCGGGAGACAUCAUCACAUACCAUCCGAGUGUCUGUCAAGACCCCACAGGACUAUCAGGAUUUUUUGCUGGCAGAAAAUAGCAGUGUUUGCCACUUUAAGAAGCAGAUUGCCAAACGCUUACACUGUGACCCUGACCGACUGGUUCUCAUCUUCACUGGAAAGAUCCUCCGUGAUCAAGACAUCCUGAGCCAGCGUGGCAUCCUGGAUGGCUCUACAGUUCACCUGGUGGUGAGGUCUCGUUUGAAAGGGCCAUCCUGUCCGGGAACACUGCCAGGCCCUACAGCCCACUGCGCCCAUCGUUCUGAACCACCAGCCUCUGAGAGUGCGGGGAUUCCAACAAGGCUGGGCCGGCUGGCCCGGAACUUCCCCGAUCUAGCUGAUGUCUUCUGCCAGCUGGCUCCUUUGCUGAUGAUGGCACCAGAGUCUUUGGUGCAGUUCUUGGAAGACCCUUUAAUUCAAGGCCUGGCAGGUGAGAAACUGGCCAAUGGCAGCCACGUUCCUGAACCUUCAAGACCUGUGCAGAAACGUGACCCAGCUCUCAAGACUCUGGAAACCUUUCAGAAGCCAGUCAGACAACACGAGCUACUGCAGGAAGAAAAGCAGAGCCUGGACUCUUUAAAGGCAGUGCCAGGUGGUGAUAAUGCUAUGCACCCAAUCUGCUCUGACAUCCAGCAGCUCAUGUUCUCCCCUCUGGCCCUAUUGGUUGCCUCCAAAGGCUACGUUUCAGGUUCUGAAUCUUACAGAGGAGAAGCCAAUGGUCAAAGCAAUUCGGAUACUACCACCACCACCACCACCACCUUUGCACCUACCAAGCCAUUGGUACAAGAGGUCAGUACAGGAGGAGGUGCCCAUGUCAGGGGCAUAGCCCCAAAUCAGGUCAGUUCGGGGUGCAAAAUUGGUAUGCCAGACUUACACCCGGGGCAAGAUUUUCCCUCCCAGGACAGCCAGCAACCCAUAGAGAAAGCCAGUCAGCAGAAACUCUCACCCUCUGUUCUGCGCCGAGCCUUGCACGUCCUGCAGCGGAAUCCAUCUCUGUUACACCAGCUGGCCACCGGCAGCCCCCUGCUAUGUCAUAUUCCGCUUCUUCCUAUUCUCACCAACCCACGAGCACUGCAGGCAUUGAUACAGAUAGAGCAAGGCCUACAGAUACUGUCCAAGGAGGUACCGGGACUGGGACCAUUCUUCCGAGACCCAGCUAGACCACGUGUGGCUAGAGGAGUCCCAGAAACCAGGGGUAGAAGACAAGGUCAUGGAGAAGACCAUGCACAACCCACACUGGCGGUUCUCCAGCUCCUCCAUGCACUGGCCAAUGCCUGUUCCCAGUCUACCCAAUCUUCAUCCCCUCCAUCCCUCUUUACUGAAAGUCGCUACCAACAAGAACUGGAGCAGCUGAAGGCCCUGGGUUUUGCGGAUCAUGAUGCGAACCUGCAGGCCCUCAUCGCCACAGAUGGAGACAUCCAUGCUGCCAUAGACAGGCUUCUAAGGGUGCCACUGGUUUAG